GGCUUACUGAUUUUACCAUAACAUUCUUGGAAAAUGAGUGUCAAAGAGAGAGAGAGCAGUCUGUUGCGUUUAUUCAUACUUUUAUUGAUCCACUUGUUUCCAGCAUAUCAUUGCUAUGCAAUUUAUAACAUAACUUUUUCUCAACCAUUAUCUCAAGGACAAACUCUGGUCUCACCUAGCCAAAUUUUCGAAUUAGGAUUCUUCACUCCUAAUAACUCUACAAAUCAAUAUAUUGGUAUUUGGUACAAGGAAAAUUCUCCACGCAAAAGAGUCGUAUGGGUCGCAAACAGAGAGAAUCCUCUAGCAGUCACAGACUCUUCUGCAAAUCUAACAAUUUCAAGCAAUGGAAAUCUGAAUCUUGUGGAUGGAAAGGGUAAGUCUGUCUGGUCAACUGAUAUUGUUCCGGGAUCAAAUGGUUCAGUUGCAGUGCUUUUCGACAACGGAAGCUUCGUUCUCACAGACGGUGUUUCGGGACAAUUUCUGUGGCAGAGCUUUGAUCAUCCUGGUAAUACGUUAUUAACCAAAGCUCAGAUUUUCCUUAAUGUUAAGACUAAAGAGAGAAAUGGGUUGACUUCCUGGAAAACCGAAAAUGAUCCUUCACUUGGAGACUUCAUGGCUGUACUUUCAGGAGAUAGGCCUCCACAAGCUUUCAUUUGGAAUGGAUCGGUUCCUCAUUGGAGAAGUGGUCCAUGGGAUAAGUCCAAGUUCAAUGGUGUCCCUCAAAUGGAUCCAUCAUAUCUUAGCGGAUUUAAACUUGUAGAAAAUUUAGACAUGGGAACAGUUAAUUUCACUUUUGAUCCAUACAACACCACUAGCUUAUAUUAUCUGUUCCUUUCAUCACAAGGUGUUUUAAGGCUUAUGAAGAAGACCAAAAAAGCAGAUUGGUCUUCGAUUUUUGAUGCACCAAACAGUACAUGCGACGUAUAUGCGGCUUGUGGACCUUUUGCGGUAUGCAAACCAUCUGAAUCUCCCAUCUGUAAAUGUUUGAAAGGCUUUGUGCCGAAAUCAAACGAUGAGUGGAGCAGAGGAAACUGGAAAAGAGGGUGCAUCAGGCGAACAGAAUUACUUUGUGAGAAAAACACUAGUAAAUCAGCUUCAUCCGGAGGCAAAAAUGAUGGGUUUUGGAAGAGCGGUAUGGUGAAACUUCCCAACUUUCAUGAAUAUUUGCAGAUUAUAGACCCCAAUAGAUGCAGUGAACGGUGCCAAACAAAUUGUUCAUGCAUAGCAUAUGCAUUUGUAAAUGGCAUAGGGUGUUUGGUGUGGUCCAAAGAGCUUGUUGACAUUCAGGAAUUCCCGUUUGGUGGACAAGAUCUUUUUGUUCGCCUUGCACAUGCAGAGCUAGUUGGGAAUCAGCUAAUGAAGAGGAAACUAAUCAUCAUCUUCGUCGCUAUCAGUAUAGGUGUCAUCUUAAGUGUCAUGUUCAUCGCUUGGUACAGGUGGAGAGCAAAGCGAAAGGGAAACCUUACCAAGGAUUCAAGAAAAAAGUUCGAUUUGAUUGAGACAAGUGAGAAUACAAAAGACACUUCCCAAAGCACAAGCCUGCAGGACCCUUUAGACCUUGCUAUGUUUGACUUUGAUAGCAUAGUAAUUGCUACAAAUUCCUUCAGCGAAACAAACAAACUUGGGCAAGGAGGAUUUGGAUCUGUUUACAAGGGAAAACUGGAGGAUGGGAAGGAAGUAGCAAUUAAAAGGCUCUCUAGUAACUCAGGACAAGGCAUCAAGGAGUUCAAAAAUGAGAUGCUUUUGAUCUCCAAACUACAGCACAGAAAUCUUGUUAAGCUUUUGGGUUGCUGUACAUAUGAAGACGAGAAGCUAAUAAUUUACGAGUUCAUGCCCAAUAAAAGUUUGGAUUUCCUUCUCUUUGACCCAAAAAGAAGAUCAGAGCUAAAUUGGGCUGCACGCUUCAACAUUAUUCAAGGUGUUGCUAAAGGUCUUGUAUAUCUGCAUCGUGAUUCAUAUUCAAGGGUAAUACAUCGAGAUUUAAAGGCCAGCAACAUUCUCUUGGAUGCGAAGAUGAAUCCAAAAAUAUCAGAUUUUGGAUUGGCACGGAUUUUUCAGGAGACAAUAGAUCUAGCUACAACUCAUAGGAUUGUGGGAACAAUUGGCUAUAUGGCUCCAGAGUAUGCAAUGGGAGGAAUAUUUUCAGAGAAAUCUGAUGUGUACAGCUUUGGAGUGUUGCUGCUAGAGAUAGUUAGCGGCAUGAAGAAUAACAGCUUCCAUCAUGGUGAACAAAAGCUAAGCAUAAUAGUUCAUGCAUGGCAACUUUGGAGUCAAAGCCGGGCGUUGGAUUUAAUGGAUGAAGCAUUAGCCAAUUCGUUUUCAUCAUCAGAAGUUGUGAGAUGCAUAGACGUUGGUCUUCUUUGUGCACAAGACAAUCCCAUGGACAGGCCAACCAUGGCAGAGGUAGUCUUCAUGCUAAGCAAUGAAACAGAUCGUCCAAAGCCCAAGCGACCUUUGUUUUAUUUUCAAAACUCGAUGAAAUUCGAUUUUGAUCCACCAAGUGGUAAGGAAAAUUGUUCAACAAAUGAAGCAUCCAAAUCGAUUGUUGAAGCUCGUUAAGUUAUGACGUAGAGGGAAUAUAGAAGUUUGAUUAAAUGAUCCAUUUUAGGAUCCAAUCUACUUGAAUUGUUGGCCGCAGAGCUAUAUGUAGAAUAUUGUGCUGCCUGACUUAUGUGCAAGGCUUUGACGUACACAUUCUCACUCUCUUGGAAUGUAA